UAAAACAACAAACUUUUGAAGCAACCCGUAUUGUAACAUGGGUCGGGUUAGCAAGACCCGUUUGAUUCUUGAGCAAUUUUAAUCACAAGCAGAAAGCAGCUUCAAGCCUUCAAGUUAAUGCAUGAAAGAAGACACAGAAAGAUGCUUGCUUUACUGGGCACAAAUGACUGCGAGAGUGAUGGGUCUUGUAACGGGUCUUAUGGCUUUAAUAGAUCUAAUAGCUUGGAGGAAAAUGGAUCCAGUGUUUCAGAUGGGUCCAACGGUUUAAAGCAGUCUAAUGACUCGGAUGAGUUUAGUAGGUGACAUGGAUUUAAUGCUUCAGGUGGGUCAGUAAAAUGGAUGGGCGCAUCGUACUCGAAGAGGAGCAUAUAUGCACACUGCCUUUUGGAUUCCGAUAUAAAUGUUACAGUGCAUUGCAUAUGUGUCUCGCAAAAUUGCACUAUUGCAAACAUUCACCUAAGCUGUGGCUGGUUCAGCUCCACAAAGGUGAUUAACACCAGUUUCUUUUCCGGACUCGGUAUGAAGAUUGCCUUGUAUAAAAGAUCAACCCCAUGGUCUUUGCCAGUCCAUUACUUUCCGGUAUGCAAAUACCUAUACUCUCUCUUGCUUCUGUUAUUUGCUUCUGAUUUAUGUUACUUGCUCCUGUUCCAAGUAACUAAACUUACGAUAAUAUAGCAAGUCAUAUGUAGGUCUAUGCGUGUGUGUAAACUGUAACGCUGACAUGAAUAUAUUUUAGCUGCUAAUCGAGAAACAACUUAAGUAAAAUGGUGAUUAAUAUUAAAAUCUUUUCAUUUCUAACCAUCGAACAUCAGGUAUUAUACAUAACUCAUAGCUCAUAGACCUGGCACAAGUGGAGUGUGUUACAGGGUGCGUGACAACAUACACUCUCCAGUUGUAGGUGGUCUAUAUACUAGUCAACCCAACUUGUUAAAUUUGUUAUAUUCCUACUAGUUCCGAACCCUUACCAAAAUGUAAAAAACAGAGGAUUAUACUACUGAGCCAAGUCACCUGUCAAUGUAAUGCCAACAGUCUCUUUUAUUGUAAUUUAAGGGCCUGAUACAUUUUGAAGCUUCCACUUUCUGGAAGUUAAUAUUCGGUAUAGUCGUAUAGAAAGCUAAAACUCACACAAUCCAUAGGUUUUGAACUAUGAAUUGUAGACAUUCUUGAGAUGAGCCAGCGUCGAACCCAGGACAACAGAGGAUAAACCCUUAACCAUUGGGCUAUCCAAUCGUGCUCAUUAUUAUUAGGUAAAUUAAAUUUUUGGUCCGUGGACUAUUGAUGUUUUUAUUCUUUAGAUCCCUGAACUAAAUAUUCUGUUUUUUUGGGUCACUUAACUUCUCCGCUUUUUGAUCUAAGUCUUUCCGUCAAAAAGGUCCUAACGACGUUAUAAUCAGGAAACUAGGGUUUUUGAUGUUCAUACGGAUCAAAGCAAUUGUGAAGUUGUUAGUGACAUCCAAACUUAAAGUUCAGGUAGUCAAAUUGAAGUUGAAUCACUAGCGACACUCAUAUGACACCAAUUUUAUGGUCCAAUUUAGGAUUUUUUGAAUUAAAUCUAGUUUGUGAAUAUUGGUGUCAUAUGAGUGUCGCUAGCGAUUCAACUUUCAAUUUGACUACUUGAACUUUAAGUUUGAAUAUCACUAACACCUUCAAAUUGCUUUGAUCCGUAUGAACAUCAAGAGUCUUAGUUUUCUGAUUAUAACGCUGUUAGUAUCUUUUUGACGAAAGGACUUGGAUCAGAAAACAGAAAAGCUAAGUGACCUAAAAACGGAAUCUUUAGUUCAGGGACCUAGACAAUAAAACGUCAAUAGUUCAGGCACCUAUAAUUUAAUUUUCCCAAAAAAGUAACAAUAUCAUUUGGAGAAUUACAAGGUAAAGGAUAAAAGCAAGAAUACAAUUCUCAAUAUAUAAUUACGAUUAAAUGCACAUUUAAAGAAAGUUUGUUAAUACUCUGCGGCUUAAUCAGGCAAAUAUUUCUUCUAUUAUAUCAUUAUGUAUCAAUAUAUCAUACCAAUUUGAGUUAUAUGCUCUGCUGAAAUCAGAAUUCAGAAUUAAACUAUCAAAUGAUACAAAAGUAACAAAAAUGAAUGAAGGCUAUGACAAAGGGAUUUCGAAUUUGAGUGAAGGAAACUCAUCCACCAAGAUUCUUGUCAUAUCAUCACAUGUCACUAAAAAUUUCAUUUUAUCUUCUGACAAACAAUAUGUACCUUUGAGGAAUCAAAUUCACUGAACCGGACUAAUGAGUUUUGAGGUAGAGCAAGGUAAAUAAAUGGCGGGAACUUCAAAAUAAUUUCCUUUGCGUGUUCCCAAGUUUUCUGAAGGAGAGGAAAGAAAUCGUUGAUUUGAAAGGAUUAACAAAUUUGUUAUAAAGAUUGAUAACGAUUUCUAAAAUUAUAAGAACAUAGAUGCUUAAAUUUAUUUUUCCACCCCUUCAAAUCUUUCCAUUUUCUAAGAGGAAAGUGUUGCAGAGAAAAACACUCCUUUCUCUCUUCUCUAAUUUUCCCCGGAUCAAAUUUCGGAGCGCAACGUAGAAGAAUUUACCCAAGAAGAUACUUUAGAAGUCUCUCAAACACGUCUUAUUCAACAUCCUCCUAAUUGAUCAACAGAAUUGGUCCUCCAUUUCUUUUGAAUUACAUUAAUCCCUCAACCGGCCCAUGGUUUUUUUUUUUUAAAUUCAAGACCAAAAUGUGUCUAACAAGGCUUAUGAAUACUACGUCUUGUUUAAAGUCUCUACCUACUACAUGUUGCAUUCUGUGAUCAGUAUAAUAUACGAGUUUGGUUUCAAUGUCGGGGAGUAGCAACAAAGAUUGGUCGAAUAUCAUAUCGUCUGAUGAUUAACUAUCGAUUAUAAAGGAAUGGAAAUCUCCUAAGGUAGUUAGUUUUUGGCAGCUGCUAUAUCUAUAUCAAGAAUUUAUUUUUCCAUCCAAGCUGAAGCUGUCAUUAAGAGUGACUGUCUAGAAAUCAUGCUCUGAAGCAAAGGUUAAAUUCUCUAUUAUCCUUCCUAAUUUUAUUAAGUAGAGUUUUCCUAAGAUUGUUUUUGCUAUUGUGGUGAUUGCUCAUUAAGUUACAAAAAUAACAUUUGGUAGAGUAACCAGCGAAUUUCUUAUUAUUUUGAAGCAUUUAAUUUGGUGGGCUUAUUGUAAAAAUCUUUGCUAUGCCGAUUUAGUAAUUCCCUUACAGUUUGAUGAUAGAUAUUUCUAGUUAAUGAACUUAAUGUCAAGCUGUUAUACACCAAUUAAGCAUGCAUUUGUCAAAAUCUGUGGUUAAUUUAUCGAAGCUCCAUUUUCCCUUCCUGAUAAAGUUCGACUUUAGUCGCCUUCUAUAAUAAACUUGAUAUUAUCUAAAUAGUUCUUAUAAUCACACCCAUCAAUUGAAUACAUAUAUAUAGGAGUUUCAGUAGUGCUUAAAUUAUUUCGUAUGUAUGUUUAGCUCCAUCUAGCUUCCUCGUCUAGUUUGUUGCCAUAUUUCACCUGUGAGUGAAUGAAUGGGCGCAAAAUUUGAUGUUCAAUCGAGAAAUUCUUAGGUUUGUCCAUGUGGUACAGUUGAAUGGAAGAACAAAGCAGACUCUGAACAAUGUACUCAUUAGCAAAUCAUAUUAAUGUAAUUCAGGAUAAGUUGAAAGGACUCAUAAUAAUUUAUAAUAUGGUACAUUAGAAGUGUGCAAGUUCACCAAAAAACCAUAAAUGCUGGCAACUAGCAAGGAAGGCUUACCUAUUAAUAUAUCUGGAACAUAAAUAAAAUAAACUGCCAAAUUGCACAUUUCAUAUAUGGUACUAUAAAGAAAUAAUAUUGCAUUAAUAGGCUAUAUAAUUCAUUUAUAGUACCUAAUUGGGGCUUUAUGUUGGUAGAAAUCAUGGAGUACUCCCCAAAUUCCGAUCCAGAGUAUGUUCCUAUCCACCGAUUAAAGAGAGAAGACGCCACAUUUGGUUCUUAGUGACAAAUUUAAUCUGCAAAUUUGAAAUAUCCAUGACCCUCUGUUAACUUCUAGGGAGCCCAGAGCCCUCCAUUUUUAUGAUCGAGAGAUGAAGUCUGCAUUUGUGAUGUAGGUUGUACCUUAGAAAUGCUAGAUAAAAAUAGUUAAAGUAGAUAGCAUAUUGGGUUUUAUGAUUUAUGAGAUACCUUUAGAAUGACAAUUAAGUCAAAAAAGGUUGGGUAUCAAAAUGACAACCAACUCAUAAUUUAUUAAUUCAUGUUAUGUUAUUUGUUCUCAAAAAAUCUCAAGGUGUAAAGGGAAAGAUAUUUUACUAAGAUCAUUAUAUUCAACCCCUCGAAAAGCUCAUUUUUUGUCGAAUAUAGGGGUGGCAGGGAGUCGAACUCGAUCGCCAGCUUGAUACCAUGUUAAGUGACCAGUUCACCUGAAACUCAAAGUAUUAGGAAAAAGCUUAUUAUCAGAAUCAUUAUAAUCUAACAAUUCAUAAUAGUCUUUAAUGAAUUCAAAAUAAAAAAUUGAAACCACUCAUGAGUGGCUUAGUGUGCGAGCACUCAUUUCACUUAAUUAACCCUUGUUAACAAUUCUUCUUUAAAAAAAAACUUUUGCAACCAUUUAUGCUAUAUUAUUAAGCCGCAUCAUUAAAUCUUUGGUUGCCGGAACUUUAGGUGGGCUUAUAUAGUUAAAAUAUGGAUUCGUUUGGGCGGGGUUCAAUACUAAAAAUAUGCUAUUAUAAAGAUAAAACUGAAAUUGUAACAUAUGGAAUGAUAAGUCUUUGGGAAAGAUUGAUAAAAAGUACUCUAAAAGUAUAUUUGAUCGAGUUAAGAAAGGAUAGCUUUGUAAUAAUAACAUUGAUGCUCCCUCUGUCCCUCUCAUUUCUUUACACUUUUUUUUAACUGCUUGACAGGAUUUUAAGGUAUAUACUCCCUCCGUCCCAAAAAGAUUGAGCUUGUUAGACUUUCACGGAGAUUAAGAAGAAGGUAGUAAAAAAGAGUAAAUUUAGUUGAAAAGUGGGUAAAGUGGUGAGACCCAUCAAAAUUUAAUAAUAGAUUUGAGAUAGUGGAGGAAAGUAGUAGGUGUAAUAGUGUUUAUUUAAUAAAAAAAGAGUAUAAAAUAGGGAAGUAGUGGGUGUAAUAGUGAAAAGUAGUGUUCAAAAAUAGUAAGUAUAAUAGGUUCAUUCUUUUGGGACGUUCCAAAAAGUAAUAAGGGUCAAUUAAAAUGGGACGGAGGGAGUAUAAGGUAUAGGUUCACAACUUUUUUUAAAAAUUUCUUGCUCUUUAUAAAAAUUUAAUCAUUAAACUUUUAUUCAAAAGAAAGAAAAGUUUAAAAUAAUUUAUCAAACUAUAUUUUAUGAGAUUCUUAAAAUACGUGCCGAGCCCCCGUCCCCAAUGUAAACAAUUGAGGGGGACGGAGGGGAGUACUACAUAAAAAUAUAUGGAUUAAAUAAUAUAUAUUUAAAUUAAAGAAAAGAUAAUACUUACAAUUAAAUCUUAAGUAGUAUGUAAUCAUAUUAAACAUAUUCGACUUAAUAAUAAUUUCUUUGGUAUACACAAGUUAUAUACUUAUUUAUCCACAUAUCAAAAUCCUCCAAAAAUAUAUAAUUUUCUUAAUUAUACAAUAAUGUACAUGCCCGUGAAAGUUUCCAAUAUAUUGAUACAAAACAAGUUCUAAAACUAAAAUGCUAAAAUUUAUUAUCAAUGUAUAAAAUAGUAAAUUAUUACUGCAUACAUGAUUUUCCUAAUUCUAGAAUCUUCCUAGAAAUAAUUAAGCUAAUAACUAAUAACAAUUUACACUUGUAUAUAAAUAAUAAUUAAUUAAUAUUCAUGUACAAGUUUGUUUAAUGUCACAGUGUCAGGCAUGUGACGAGAUAUCCAAAAAUACAGAAGAAUUAUGAUUAAGGUAAACAUCACAUGAUACUAAAAGAAAAUUGACCACUUGAUCGAAGGGUAUCUAAAUUUCAUUUGCGCACACACAUAUACUUAAUUUUUUUUAUGCCAUUCUUUUUUGGAGAAAGUGGUAUUUUUAGUAAAAUCUUGAAAUCUUAUUCUCAUUAUAGUAUUCUCUUAUGUAUGGAAUUAACCACAUUUAUAAAAUAUUAUCUCGAGGCAUAUGAAUUAUUUGUUGAAAAAAAACGAAACAUGUAGGUAAAUAACUAAGUGCCAACUACUUUUUUUUAUCACAUUAAAUUAUACAAAUUAGGCGAGAAGAGUCGAAACCGAGACCACUUUUUUGACCGAAAUCUGAUAUCAUGUUAAGCAAUCAACACUCCUAAAAUCUUAAUGUGGCAAGAGGUGGGCUUAUGUGGUAGAACCUUUGUAUAGUAUUACUCAAUAUAAAAUUAACCUCCUUGUAAUAAAUUAAUAACACAAGUUUAUGGUUCAAACUCUGUGUAAUAAUAAUCUCUUUUUAGGACCGUGUACUCGAAAUUAUAUUCUUACAAUUUCCCUCACUCGAAAGCCUGUUUCUAGGUGGACAGCAGGUUACGGGUGCGCAUCCCGGGGCAAUAAUUUGUCUUUAUGUCCAUUAUUAAAAUGAGAAUAUUGGGAUUGGGACUCUGAGAUUUAAUUAUUACAGUAAUAAAGGUGGCCCAUUGAUUUUUAUCACUUAAAUACAAUUGCUUAAUAAUAGAAAACUAGCUUAUAACCCGUUCCAUGCACGGGUGAUUUAUAAUUUUUGUAAUUUUAUCAUUUAUAUUUUAAAUUUAGUUGAAACCAAUCAUACUGACUAAUUUUUUAAAUAUUUGGCUUAAUUGAUAAUAAAAAGAUUUAUUAGAACAUGUUAUAUAUUAAGGAGACCCAUAGAAUAAUACCGACCGGCUGAUAAAAGUUGACCAACCAAUAAAAUAUUUAAUAUUACAGUUUUAAUAGAACAAUAACAAUAAUAAUAAUAAUGAUAAUAAUAAUGAUAAUAAUAAUAGUAUAGUAUAGUAUAAAUAGAUUGUAUAGACUAUGAUACUACUUUUAAAGUGACCCGUGUCAUACACGGGUGAUCUAUAAUAUUUGUAAUUUAUCGCCUAUAUUUUAAAUUUACUUGAACACAAACCGGUUAUACUGACCGAAUUUUUAAAUAUUUUAACUUAAUUGAUAAUAAAAAGGUUUAUUAGAAUACAUUAUAUAUUAAGGUAACCCGUAGAAUAAUAUUGAUCGGCUGAUAAAACUCGACCGACUGAUAAAAUUAUUAAUAUUUCUGUUUUAAUAGAACAAUAAUAAUAAUAAUAAUAUAUGUACAGUAUAGUAUAAAUUGAUGGUAUAGAUCUAUGAUAUUACUUUUAAAGUGAUGACAUGGAGUAGCAAAAAAUAACAUUAAUGUAUUUAGUUGAAACAUAUCACCGGUGGUAAAUUAAUAAUUAUAUAACAUAAUAUUAUAUUUUUUUUAUAUGUAUGUUGCAUGUGUAUUUUUAGAAAAUCAGUUUUUGGUUAGGAAUCUGAAAAAGAUAAUGUGUUUUAGUUAAAAAAAGGUAACUGCUAUGUUGUCCAAUGUUAUUAUUAGAAAAUUGAGUUUUUUUUACUUGAAAAUAUUAAAAAGGUAAUAGCUUUUUUUGUUAAAAGGGAUACUUGAUUAUAUAAGUAGGCCCAUAAAGCCCAACUACGACCAACCAAACUUUUAAUGUUUGGGCUUUAAUAGUAUAUAUUAUAGAUAUUAAUAUCUUGUCAUUUAUAGCAUAUAUACUUUUGUAUAAUUUGAUUACUUUAGAAAAAUAUUAUACCUUAACAUUGAUUUUGUUCCGUGGAAAUAAUAGCUGGAUAUUCAUAUUGAACAUUAAGUUCCAAUUUAAAUCUACACAAUCCGCAAGAUUCAAAUUAUUCUUACGUAAUUAAAAAAAUAUCUAUAUCUACUUAACAAAAAAAACAAAAAGAAGGUCUAAAUUCACUUAUCCCAAAACUAAAAAUGUAUGUCUAAUUGUGUUUUCAGGGUAUAAGUGUUAUGUUAUCUUUCAAAAAUUGUUCUCAGAGAAGCAGAAGAACUUUAGCUAAAAAAUUGUUCUCUCAAAGAAGCAGAGGAAAUUUAGCUUGAGGUAUGCAGCGAUGUAAGUUAAUAGUUUUUUUUUUUGCUGCGGAGCAUUUUACUUGGUUUAUGUGUGUGCAUCUGGUUUUCUGUUUGUUUAUUCUCUAUGAACAGAUAUUACCUGUGUUAUAUUUUUUUGGUUUUACAAUCACGACAUCAUCUCAGAUGUUUCCAAAUUGCCAUCUCUGCAGAAGAUGUAAUGCAUAUUCCAAUCUAUAAGUCUUUGACUUUCUCUCUCUCUUUACCUAUCUCGAUUGUACGUUACUCUCUAAUUUUACUUUUAAGAUUUGUCAGGAUAGUAUUGUCCACAGAUACCACCUCAGCAGCAUUCAAUGGCUCUAUCACAAUCAAAAUUGAAUUUGUCUACAGUGUUUAUAUCUUCUGGUUGUUAUUUUAGUCUUGUAUAAAGUGAAAGCCAUUCUUUUUAUUUGAAACCCAAAAAGCCUUCUUUCUAAUGCAUCAAGCUGUGCCUUUGUUUGCAUGAACUUGAACUCAUUGCUACUCAAGGUAGGUACUAAUCCCAAUUUUUUCAUUUUAUUUUAAUAAUUUUUAUCCUGCAUUAUCUUAUAUGUUUAAUGAUUUUGUUAUAUUUUUUUUCCUGACUCUAUUGUAUAUAUGUAACACAUCUCUGGUUGGAUUUUCUGUCUUUCUUCCACCUUGUCGAGGUCCUUCGGGGGUCAUUUAACCUUGUGCACAACUACUACUAAUCGAUUUGUUUGUUUUCUUUCCGGAUUGGAUAUUCGUUAAAUAAUAUUUUUCUAAGCCUGUCAGUUCUUUUAUUCAUCUUGUGUUUUUGUUGGGGUUUGGGGGGAGGGGGGUUUGUUGUUUUACAGGAAAGAAGAGUCUUUCGGUUGUCCGGGUUUCAUAAAUCGCUCUUUAAUUAGCAUGCUGAAUUUUACCUCUAAUUGAUUUGGGAUGGGUGGGAAAAAACAUAACUACAAUGCCUGGGAAGAGAGAACUAUUUCUGAGGUCAAUGUCGAAUAUCACUUGAGAUCUUGUUCAGGAAAUUCACUGCUUGCUGCUGUUGGUAAUGAGAACAGAAAAGGACAGAUGACGUAUGUAGUUGCGAAGGAGUAUCUUGAGGCUUUUGGGUCGAAUGCAACCAUUAAUGCAUAUACACGGUGGAGAAACCGGGACGAUGUAGUGCAGUGGCUCAUAUCAUUGGUGAGAAAUGAUGACUCGCCGCCCGCUAUAUCAGAUUUCGACCUUGUUCCAAAGAACAAUGGUCAUGGUUCAAGUAUAGAUGAAGAGGAGAAGCCUGCCCAGGGAAAUCCUAUAAAGAGCUUUCCUAAGAAGUUAAGGAGUAGCUUAGUGCACCAGAAACACGAUACUGGCAGGUCAAAUGCAAUAAAUCUAGUCCCACCAAAAGAAGCAACAGCAAGUGAACCAACCGGUAUACAAGCUCGGGAACCAAAGCCCCAUCAGCCGCUAUCAUUUCAGGUUGGUGGAAAAAUAGAAAUACUCUGUGAGGAUAGUGGCAUGCGUGGCUGUUGGUUAAUGUGCAAGAUCGUGAAAGUUUCAAAGAACAAUUUUAAAGUUCAGUACAAUGACGCAGAUGAUGUAGAAAGAUCGGGCAAGCUAGAGGAAUGGGUUUCUGCUUCAAGACUCGCAGCUCCUAAUAGGCUGAGCUUGAGACGCUCAGGCAGACCUAUUAUUCGCCCGUGCCCUCCUAAAGAACCUUCCAGUCAGUUUUUUGAGGUUGGGGCAGCGGUUGAAGUAUGGUGGAACAAAGGAUGGUGGGAAAGUUUUGUUCUUACCGGAGUCACCCUCAGUAGCAACAAUGAUAGUUACCAUGUUUUCUUACCUGGUGAGAAAAGGUUCUUGACUGUUCACAUCAAGGAUAUGAGGAUUGCUAAAGACUGGAUUGGCAAGAAAUGGGUUGCUGUAAAGCCACAGCCUGAUGUUCUCUCAGUCAUACACUCGUCUUUCAACCAAACUGAGGAAUAAGUUCUUUACAAUUUUCAAAAUAUUACCGUUUCAAACUUUUUCAAUAAGUCAGUUCUGCAGUUCAUGCAUGGAGCAAAAUGUUUUGUCAUAUACAAUUUACCAAGACAUUGUUAUCAUUAAAUGAGUAGAAUAUGACUACAUACAAUAAGAUCUCUCGUUUAUGCU